AUGAUCUACAAGAUCCUCCUCCUUUCCUUCAAGGCCAUCAACAAUCUUGCCUCUCAGUAUCUCAACGAGCUUCUCCAUAUCAAGACACCCACGUGUUCUCUCAGGUCCUCUUCCUCCAUCCAGCUCAUCCUCCCACCUGCCCGUUUGAAGUCUGCUGUCAGCAUGUCCGACACUGAGGAACUGGAUCAGGUCGAGGCCCAGGAGGAGGUAGUAGAAGUAGAAGUAGCCCCUGAGGCGGAGGCCCAGGUGGAGGCAGAGCCAGAGGUAGAGCCUGAACCAGAACCAGAACCAGAACCAGAGCCAGAGCCGGUGGUGCAGCCGGUGGUUCAUGAGGAGGAAGACGCCUAUGAAGAGGAAGAGGAGAAGCCGAAGUUCAAACCUUCUGCUCCAAAGAUUCCCGAUGGCGAUAAAGUGGACUUUGAUGACAUCCAGAAGAAACGUCAGAACAAGGACUUGUAUGAGCUGCAGUCGCUGAUUGAUGCUCACUUCGAGUGCAGGAAGAAGGAGGAGGAGGAGCUCAUCGCACUCAAAGAAAGAAUUGAGAAGCGUCGGGCUGAGCGAGCUGAGCAGCAGAGGAUCCGUGCUGAGAAAGAUAAAGAGAGACAGGCCAGGAGGGAGGCGGAGCGGCAGAGGAAGGAGGACGCAGACGCCCACAGGAAGGCCGAGGAUGAAGCCAAGAAGAAGAUCGCUCUGAGCAGCAUGGGCUCCGGCUUCAGCAGCCACCUGCAGAAGGUUGAAGGGAAGAGAGGCAAGAAGCAGACUGAGAGAGAAAAGAAGAAGAAGAUCAUGGCAGAGAGAUGCAAACCUCUGAGCGUUGACGACCUCAGCGACGACAAACUCAGGGAAAAGGCGAAGGAGCUGUGGGAGUGGCUGCACAGCCUGGAGGCCAUCAAAUAUGACCACUGCGAGAAGCUCAAGAGACAGAGAUACGAGGUGGUCUCUCUCAGGAAUCGCAUUGACGAGCUGCAGAAACACAGCAAGAAGGGAGCCGCGUCCCGCCGCAGGAAGUGAGCGGCAGCUGGGAGACGGUCAGCCCGGACAGGAGGAGCCUCUCCUCGGCUACAGCAGCAGCGCAGAGCCCGCAGACACCUGGACGUCUUAUUGUGUCUGCUUGAAGUGAAACUGUUUUCUGGAUGAA